CCUCCGCGUCGCCAUGGCGACGGUGCGGCGCGGAGGGGAGGCGGCGGCAGUGCGGGGUCCGCUCGGGGAGCGGGGGCAGGACAGCGGCUGGGGCGGCCCUCGGCCCGCGGGGAACACUGCAGUCGAGAUGGCUACAACAGGACAGUAUAAAACAGGUGAUGAAAGCAACUAUGGAACUAACUGCUUCCCUGCCAGCAACAUUUUACGUGCAAGUAAAGAAGGGUCUGGGCGCUGGAUGCUGGCACGCAGAGCUACCCCAAGGGCUUGGACUGAGAAGGGGACCACUGGGAAAACACCACAGCAGAGGAGAAAGCCCCCAGUGUCUGUCUCUGUGGAAGAAAAUACUGAAGACCAUGUCCUAGACGAGCCAUUUUUGAUGAAGCACCACCAUUUGAAGAACCCCUCUGACCUGUGCUCUGUGAACAUAAGCAGCCAAAAUCUCAUCUCUGCUAAAGAAGAUGAUUUUGAGAAAUUCGAUUGUGUCGCUUUUAUAAAUGCUGCUGAGAACCUGCUGACACUAGAACCGUUUCGGAAGUUUCCAGGACUACGGGAACUGGAACUUUCCUUGAACGGACUAAGAAAUCUGAAAAUCACCGCUGGAGACUUCCUGCAUUUGGAAGAUCUGGAUCUCUCCUACAAUAACUUGUCCCCCCAAGACAUUUGGACGUUGGGAGAUUUGUCCCAGCUCAAAGUCCUUCGCUUGACAGCCAACAGGCUUCAGUCCUUGCCUCCGGACCUGGCAGGCUCCUGGGACUCUGCUCAUUUAAGGUUUCCAUCUCUGGAGGUCUUGUCGCUGGAUGACAAUCGCCUGUCAGACCCGAGCGUCUUUGUGAGCCUGUCUCAUCUCUGCAGCCUGAGGGAGCUGAAUCUGGACAGGAACAGGAUUUCGUCUGUCCCCUACCUGCACCAAGCAGAGAGAAGGCAAUUCUUCCUCCACCCCGCGCUGUACGGUGACAGCUUCAGGGCAGAGUGGUACAAGUCCCUGAGCAGCCUCUGGCAGCAGUCCCGGCUGCCGAAGCAGGAGGACACGGAGGUGCCAGCAGAGCUGGAAGGGAAAAAAGGACAGCUUGGAUAUGUCAUGCUACAGAACAACAGGGAUCCAGGCAGGACGGGGGUCAUUUUUAAUUUUGGCUCUCCGGGAUGCCCGGUGCCGGUUAUUCCCAGGGAAGGAGACCCAUCUGCCUCUAAGACUCUGCCGGCUCCCUCCGCACUCAGGGACAUUUGUGCUCCCUUUCCUGAGCUGAAGCGUCUCAGCCUGGCCUUCAAUAAGAUCGCGGAUGAGACAGCUCUCUUACCCGUGGCUUUCUUCCCGUGCCUGGAGGAGCUGACGUUUCACAAUAACCCUCUUACCACCACCCGGAGUGGGCAGCCGCCUCUGCUGACCCAGCUCCUCCAGCACAAUCUGGGGAUUAAACUUGUCCGACAGAAGAACGUAGCCGUGGAGAGGUGGCACUUCUCCAUCCCUCUCAAAGCCAGCCGGAAGGUCACGUCACAUCUCCCCAAAGUCACGAAGUGGCCACUGAUGAUGGAAGCUCCUGCCAAGACCUUUCUGUGGAAACAGCUCCCAGCUGCAGUGGAGGGUGCGAGAGAUGCAGAACCUCCGAGUCCGGCCCAGCCACUGCACUCCAUCAGCUCCGCAACCCCAGUGCUGGAGGAAGGGGAAGGCAACUCCAGGCCUCCUCCUGGCUCAGCCAAGGAGGACAUUCCAUCCUUCUUCAUGACGCAGGUGGAGGAUGUGUCCAGACCCCUGCUGAGACCUGUGGCAGAGGGCAGGCUGGAGAAAAGGAGUGAGCAGAGGAGGGAAGGAAGAUCCCAGGUGGUUCCAGAGCAAUACAAAGGCUACGAGGAGCUGCUCGGUGGAGACAAGGACCUGGAUUUUAUUGAGCCAGAUGGGAUACAGAAGAAUGUGCAGGGCCUGUACUACACCCAGAACCCCUCCCUGGCUUACCAGGAUGCCAAUUCACGACUGGACAGUGUGCAGAAGCCCUACCUGCCUCAGAAAAAGCAUGGGAGGUUGCCCAGCCCUCCGGCCCGAAAGACAAAAGCAGAAGUCCUGGAAGGAAUCCUGAUGGCCAUGAGAAACACCUCGACCAUCACUGAAGUACCCUUGGUGUCUGUUUUGCAAAAGAGGAAAUCCAACCCCAGGGCAUACCGGGAGGCACAGAGGCUGAUGGAGGAAUUCCAGGAGGUGUUCAAGAUCCUCCCCACAACCGUAGGCGAGGAGAUGGCCAAGCUGUCGGAUGAGGCGUGGGUGGUAAAAGCUCUUCUCGCGGAGGCAACAUCUGAGCAGGGGAGCCCCGAACAGCUACAGCUGCCAGAGAGCGGCCAAGAAGGUGCCCACAGUUUAGUCCACAAUACAGCCAGGAUUGAAUAAAGCAUGCCACACCCCCGUCCUCUUGGAUAAAAUGUAUGUUAUUUUGUAACUUGUUUGGAGCCAUUUUUGCCCUCCUGAGGUUGGAAAAUUGAGCGCGGUGACAAGAUUCAUCUCAGGCUUUCAGGCGACUUCCAGCUUGAAAGCACCGAUACUGCCACAACGCUGCCGUGACAGCACACAAAAACCAUGUCUGCCCGCU